AACGCGCUCCUCGGAGGAGGGUCUGCCAGGGCGCAAUCGCUUUCCGUGGUCCUCGCUCCCGGUCCCCAGCCAAGUCUCGGCGGCGGCAGCUUUCUCCGGAAGGAACCCAGCCGGGGGGCGGCGGGAUGCCGGGGUGCCGCAUCAGCGCCUGCGGCGCAGCGCCCCGCCCGGGGGAGCCGCCGCCCCCUCCCCCUCCCCUUCCCUUUCCCCUCCCCCCGCCCUCCUCUCCCGCGUCCUCGGACCCCGCGGAUGAGCCGGGCUCCCCGCCUCCGUCCCCACCUCCUCAACCCCCUCCGCAGCCCCAGUCCGCCGCAGCCCCUGGGACCCCGGCGGCGGCGGAGAAGGGCGGGGGGCGCGGCUUGGAGCUGCAGCGUUGGCGGCCCGGGGGGCACGGCACGGCGGGCGCGGCGGCGGCGGCGGGCAGCCGGGCGCUGGAGCUGGCUGAAGCCCGGCGGCGGCUGCUGGAGGUGGAAGGCAGGCGGCGGGUGGUGUCGGAGCUGGAGAGCCGGGUGCAGCAUCUCCAUCGCGUCUUUCUGGCGGCCGAGCUGCGCCUGGCGCACCGCGCCGAGAGCCUGAGUCGCUUGGGCGGCAGCGUCUCCCAGGCCGAGCUCUACCUGGCGGCCCACGGGCAGCGGGCCAAGAAGGGGCUUCGGCGCGGCAAGCGGCCCCGCCCGCCCGCCCUGCUCGCCUCGGCCCUGGGCCUGGGCGGCUGCGUGCCCUGGGCCGCUGGCCGCCUGCGGAGGGCCGGGGCCGGCCCGGCCGCCGCUUCCCCCGAGCCCGACUCCCCCUUCCGCCGGAGCCCACCCAGAGGCCCGGCCUCCCCCCAGCACUGAGGCCGCGGACGAGGAGGGAGCCGCCACCCGGACGCACGGACCCACGCCAGCGGGAGUCGGCGGCCGGACGCGGCGGCCGGGCGGACACUGCGGGUCCUGCGGAGGCCCUGAGCGGGGCGAGCGCGGCUGAACUAGCUUCUCCGGGGGCGGGCCCUUCUUUCCCUGAUCCCCUUCCCUUUCUGCGGGAGGCCGCUCUUAGGACCGCAAUAAAGCUGUGGGCCCUGGGCCCGUUCCCCUCCCUCCCCCCAGGCUUUCUCUCCGGGACUGGACUGCCGAAGAAUGGGGUUGGUGAGCGAUGGGGCCCCUUUUUGCAGAGGGACAAAAUGAGGUGGGUGUGGCCCCAAAGUUGCAGAAAUGUAGGGUCUGGGCAGCCCGGCUUGGUAUUUGGGGCUCCCGGCUUCAGUACCUCGUCCUCCUAUCCGUGUCCUACCCCCAAGAGAUAUUCAGGGCAUCCUUUAUACCCUUAAAUCUACCCUUUGUCGGUCCAUAUGCACUUCUCCGAGAGUUCCAAGAAGCUGGAAUGGCUACAGAGUUCUGGUACCACUCAGAUCCUCAGGAGGGCAAAAGAGAUCUCAAAGGGCACGACUCCCAAGGGCGGAGAGGAGGCUUUGGUGAGGGGAGAGAGAGGGCUUGCAAGGAACAGCCCAUUAGAGGCUUAGCACUGGCCUUUGCUAGAUGAGUGACCUUGACUGAGUCACUGCCCUGCUCUGAGAUCUCCACUACCUACCUCAUGGGCUUGUUAAUGAAGAAAGCACUUGGUAAAAUAUUAAGAGGCCAUAGAAAAAGUGAGAUGUUUAUGUCUAGUGAAGAAACAGGCCCAGAGUGGGGGGAAAGGCUUUUCCAAGGUCAUUCCAACCACUUCAUGGUAGAAUUGGGACUGAACCCAGGUGUCCUGAUGUUCUAGUUAAGGGCUCCCUCCCUUGCCCUCCCCUGCUUUCUCCUGUCAUUACUCUCUUCUACUCUUUCCCAAGUGCCCCAGGCCUGGGCAGGCCCUGGGUGCUGUUUGAAAGCUGCCGGGGGCUGCGACUAUGCGGCUGGCUUGCACCUGGGCCAAGUGCUGAGGCCUUUGUCAAUUCUCUUGAGCCCCCUUCCUCUGAGGCCUGCUGCUUGGUAACUUCCAGCAGAGGAUGAGCCCAGCGCAGAGCUGGCAUCCCUGCUGAGGCUACUGACUCGCAGGCAGACCUGGACAGCUCCCUGCAUUCACUUGAACCUUCCCGGCCUGCCUCUCCUCCAUCUAUCAUCUUCAGUACACUGAGCUGAUGUGGGGGUUGGAGGCAAAGAGGUGAACCCUUUGGGGGGGGGGGGAGGGGGAGAGACUGAGUACCUUGGACAAGACACUUUCUAGUCCUGUCUCUUGCCCCUUCUGCCUGGGUGGGGCUGGCACAUCGAAUGAAGGCAAGCUAAAGGCAGGAGCUUUUUCAUCAGAAGAGUUGGGCUCACAUCUUGGCUCUCUGUCUGGUGCUAGCUGUGUGACCUCUCCAAGUGGUUCAGUGUCUCUGAGCCUCUGUUUCCUCACCUGCUAUAUGCUUCCAAUUCUAACCUGCUAUGUUCUGAGGUCCUUUCCUGCUCUGAAAUAAUUAUAUAAAACCAGUUUUCCUGUCUGA